UCCUUAUCGAAAAACGCUCACAUGCGCAAACGCAGCAGGGCAGGAGGCCGACUGCGUACGUGCGCACCGUUGUUGUUUUUGAAGAUGAUGGGGAUGUUGGACACGUUUCUCCAGUGCACCUCUUCUGUGUCCCUGCUGGGGCCUCUGCUGGUGCUGGUGCUCGUCUACCUCGCUUCCACCCGCAGCUUCGGCUCCCAGCAGACGGACAGGGAUCCUCCGGGACCCAGACCGCUCCCGCUGCUCGGCAACCUGCUGCAGCUGGACCUCGAGAAACCCUUCUACUCAUUUCUGGAGCUUUCCAAGAAAUAUGGAUCAGUGUUCACCGUCUAUUUGGGAUCCAAAAGAGUGGUGGUCCUGGCAGGAUACAAGACGGUGAAAGAGGCACUUGUCAACCACGCUGACGAGUUUGGAGAGAGAGACGCAUUGCAGAUUUUGAAGGAUAAGAGUGAAGGACAUGGGGUUUUGUGGUCCAACGGGGAGUCGUGGAAAGAAAUGAGGCGCUUUGCUCUGACGAACCUGCGAGACUUUGGGAUGGGCAAGAGGGCUUGUGAGGACAAAAUCCUCGAGGAGUGUGACUUCCUCAUCGACGUGUUCAAGAAAUUUAAAGGAGAAGCUUUUGAUACGACCCAACCGAUGAACUAUGCAGUCUCCAAUAUCAUCUGCGCCAUGGUCUAUGGCAACAGAUUUGAAUAUGACGACCCAGAGUUUACGUCUAUGGUGGAUCGAGCAAACAGAAAUAUUCAAAUCGCAGGUUCUCCAUCAGCACAGAUCUAUAACCUGUUUCCAUGGUUUGGGAAAUUUCUCACUCGCAACAAGGAGUUCCGCAAUGCGUUUGAUGCCACUGCGGAGCAGAACCAACAGCUGUUCAGAAGUCUGAAGGAGACCCUCAAUCCACAGAUGUGCAGAGGGUUCGUGGAUGCCUUUCUGGUCCGAAAGCAAAACCUGGAGACUUCCAGUCCUACCCCCCUGUUGGGGGCUCUGCUGGUUCUGCUGCUUAUCUACCUUGUUUCCUCCUCCAGCUUCAGCUCGCAGGGAUAUGGUAAAGAACCUCCAGGACCCAGAGCGCUUCCCCUGCUGGGUAACCUGCUGCAGCUGGACCUCAGGAGACUCUACAUCUCAUUAGUGAAGCUUUCUGAGAAAUAUGGAUCAGUGUUCACCGUCUAUUUGGGACGUCAGAAAGUGGUGGUUCUGGCCGGAUACAAGACGGUGAAGGAAGCGCUUGUUCACUACGGUGAAGAGUUUGGAGAGAGAGACCCGUUGCUAAUUUUGCAUGAAGUCAGUCAAGGACACGGGAUUUUAUGGUCCAAUGGUGAUUCAUGGAAAGAAAUGCGGCGCUUUGCUGUGACAAACCUGAAGGAUUUUGGGAUGGGUAAAAUGGCGGGUGAGGAAAAAAUCACUGAGGAACUUCAUUACCUCACCGAAGUGAUUAACAAGUUCAAAGGAGAAGCCUUUGACUCGACUCAACCCAUUAACAACGCAGUCUCCAAUAUCAUCUGCUCCAUGGUCUAUGGCAACAGAUUUGAAUAUGAUGAUCCAGAGUUUAUAUGUAUGAUAAAACGGACCAACAGAAACAAUCUCCUUCUGGGCUCUCUAUCAAUCCAGUUAUACAACCUGUUCCCGUGGAUUGGUAAAUUGGUCACCAAAAAGGAGGAGUUCAACAAACUGGCUGAUGCCAAUAAGGAACAGAACUUAACAUGGUUAAGACGUCUGAAGGAGACCCUCAAUCCACAGAUGUGCAGAGGAUUUGUGGAUGCCUUUCUGGUUCGCAAGCAACAUCUGGAGAAAUCUGAGAUCACCAACAGUCACUUCCACGAUGAAAACCUUCUGGUAACAGUUAAUAAUCUGUUUGCUGCCGGCACCGAAACAACUGCAACAACACUCAGAUGGGGACUCCUCUUCAUGGCUAGAUAUCCAGAUAUUCAAGACCAGGUCCAGGAGGAGCUGAGCCGGGUGAUAGGGAGUCGUCAGGUGAAGGCUGAAGACAGGAAGAACCUGCCCUUCGUUGACGCAGUCGUCCAUGAGACACAAAGAAUGUCCUCCAUCGUCCCCAUGUCACUGCCUCACAAGACGAGCCAAGACGUCACCUUCCAGGGUCACUUCAUUAAGAAGGGGACCACAGUGUUUCCUCUGUUGAUUUCUGUCCUGAGGGAUGAGAGUGAGUGGGAGAGACCUUACUCCUUUUAUCCUGCCCACUUCCUGAACAAAGAUGGAAAGUUUGUCAAGCGAGACGCCUUCAUGCCCUUUUCUGCAGGUCGCAGGGCUUGUCCCGGAGAGAGUCUGGCCAGGAUGGAGCUGUUCCUCUUCCUCGCCACCCUCCUGCAGCACUUCCGUUUCUCUCCUCCACCUGGGGUGUCAGAGGAGGAAUUGGAUGUGACUCCACAAGUGGGCUUUUCUUUAUCCCCUCCAGCUCAUAAACUUUGUGCUGUGCCCCGUAUGUGAGGAGGAGGUGGAGGGCUUCGAAAUGAAAAACCAGACACAGUUUAACAGGAGUGAAAAUGUUCAGCACCACUGAUGUAGGCAAAUGAAAUAACAUGUGAGGUGCUUCUGUAGAGGGACUCCUAUCCCAGCAAUGAGCUUGUUUUAAUGAAUACUUACCUUGUCAGCAGAGCAGAUUCAUAGUUAACACAUUGUAUGUAUCAUGAUCUGGAAAAGGGCUAUCAUGUAACUUAAAAUGAAAAAUUAUUAAGAUUUAAUUUUUAACAUUUACAUCUAUCUAUGUAUCAAGCUAGAUAAAUAGCAACUUACUUUUUAAAACUUUAUAUAAACCCUUCUCUGUCACCGGUAAACCUUCUACUUCUACUUUUUUCUGUCUUUCUUUCUUUUGUGAAGAAUACCAAAUAAACCUGUUUCAGAUAAUAAUUUGCUCUUA